AUGUUGCCAAGCCCAAACCAACCAUCGCCGAUCCAUUCCGGUGACUCGCCAAGGCACCAAACAAGGCGCCAGCAUCGCGAUAGGCUCCAAAAUCUCAUUGCAGAACCAGGACAACCUGAAGCAGUCCAACAGGGCCUUUCCGAGCAGCAACAACAGCAAGACGUGCAGAGAAUGCAACUUGAGCUUCAGAAUAGGAAACAACGACAUCCUGAAGCGGUUCAACCAAUUGCUUCCGAGCCGCAACAAAAAGAAGGCGUUCAGGAACAACAGCAGCGAGCCGUUCAGAACAAGAAACUUGCGCUUCAGAAUAGAGGCAACAUCCAGCUUGAAAAACCAGAAAAUCUUGUUGUAGCACAACGACAACCCGAACCAGUUCCGUCAGUUGUUGCCGAGCAUCAACAACAGCAGGGCGUUCAAAACACGAAAAUCGAGCUCCAGCUCGAAAAACCACCAGAUUUUGUUUCGGGACAACGACAACCUGAAGCAAUUCUACAAGGUGUUACCGAGCAGCAGCAACAGCAAGGUGCCCAGAAAACGAUGCCGGAGUUCCAGAAUAGGGACAACAUCCAGCCCGAAAAACAGCAAGAUUUUGUUGUAAAACAACGACAACCUGAACAGGUUCCAAAAGUGGACUCCGAGCCGCAGCAACAGCAAGGCGUUCAGAACACGACACUAGAGCUCCAGCUCGAAAAACCACAACACGCUGCUGUAAAACAACCUGAAGCAGUUCAAGCAGUAGUUUCCAAGCAGCAACAACAGCAAGAGGUUCAAAGAAGGAGUUUGAAAAACCAGAAGUUAAGCAACGUGCAGUUAGACGACAUCGUCAAGGCGGUCAGGGCACAGCUUUGGGUCGGAGCCGACGCUGAACUGCGAUCGCAGGCCCAAAUCGAUGCCCAGCUUCGACCUAAAAUUGGCCAAGUACAGGCUACACCAAAUUACGAUCAAAGAAUACUUGGAAAUGGUCAGCAGCUGACAAGGCAAGGUUUUGAAGAAGUGCAGGAAGGAUACAACUAUCUCCGGAACAAGCUCAAGCCCUUCAAACCCAACUUUUCCAUAGCCAACAACUUCAAGGCGUUCAAGCAAAAAAUCGUGCCGGACAAGCCGGAUCCGGAGCUCGAGCCGGCUUACCGAGCAUUGAAAAGCCAGGAGGAAAAAGAGCAGAAAAAUACCGACACCGAGACCGUGGUGGCCCCGCCAGACGACCGCGGGCUGAAACAGGCAGGGCCCGCCGGGGAUCAGCAACAACCCGUUGCUCCAAACGACGCGGGACCAGUGAAUCCAGCUCCAACGGACAAGACGGUCGCGCCGAAACCAGAGCCACAGAAGCCAUCUCCAUCGCCAGGAACAGGUACAGGCGACGCGUCGGCGAAGCCAGCGCCCGGCCCGCAAGGAGGUGGUGACAAGGGAGCCUCAGCUAGUACGAAAAAGCCUGGCGGUGGAGACGCAACUGUUUCAUCAAAGCCAGCAAGUGGAGGAUCGAAAAAGCCUGGAGGUGGAGAGGCAACUGCUUCGCGAAAGCCAGGAAGUGGAGGAACCACUUCGGCCAAGCCAGGUGGAGCAUCAGGUGCAUCGAAAGGAGCCACAGGAAGUACCCCAAAGGGGGCUUCUGGUGCCUCCAAGGGUGCUUCCGGAGCUUCUGGUGGAACGACAAAGGAAGCUGGUGGCGGUGGUGGUCAAGCGAAUCAAGGGGCGAACUCCGAUGAAAAGCCCAAGUGGAAUGGCAUUUGUGGCGCUGAAACGCGCUGCGAGACCAAGGGCAUUAUGUUGUUCAAGGGGAUUUUGUAUAGCGGCGACGCCCUUGGGCUGUGCUUGUUGAAGACGUCGGGCUGCGUGGAUCUGCCUUAUGGCUGGAGCCGAAUGGUGGAAUCUGUUUACGUGCCGGACCGUGACGCUUGCUACGUGCUGUAUACGGAACCAAAGUGCCAGGGACAUGAGAUGAAGAUUACUCGUCAAAAGGUGUUCGACAAGAAGACAGAGAACCUCGGAGACUGGAACCUGGCCCGGGAGCACGAGUCGAUCAGUCUUUGCAACGACUAUGGGAUUAAGCCGAGUGGACGUCUCCAAAACGCCGACAGCAAUGAUAACCUGGAUCGGCUGAUUAAGGCGGUGGUUCUGAAGACCCUCAAGUGUGGCACCGAAACGCGCUGCGAGACCAAGGGCAUUAUGUUGUUCAAGGGGAUUUUGUAUAGCGGCGACGCACUUGGGCUGUGCUUGUUGAAGACGUCGGGCUGCGUGGAUCUGCCUUAUGGCUGGAGCCGAAUGGUGGAAUCUGUUUACGUGCCGGACCGGGACGCUUGCUAUGUGCUCUAUACUGAAUCAAAGUGCCAGGGACAUGCGAUGAAGAUUACUCGUCAAAAGGUGUUCGACAAGAAGACGGAGAACCUCGGAGACUGGAACCUGGCACGGGAGCACGAGUCGAUCAGUCUUUGCAACGAGUUUCAGCGGACACAUUCU